ACACAGCAGCUUAAAGCAGCCAGUGUGAGCGAGACCGGUGGAUCCCCGCAGCGUGAAUCACGGUUGUCAUCGGGUUGCUACAGCUUUGAGAGGAGAGCAACAGCAUAUCGCAGCAUAGUGAGGUAUUAAGUUUUUGUUUUACCGAUGCUGGGACGUAGUUAAGCCCUUGUAAUAACUCUUCAGCGUGCCUCUGGUCUUCUCUCCGGCUGACCAAUGCUUCUGCAUCAGUUCAUGAACGGAGCCCUGGAAGUCAUGCAUCCCACGACGCUUCAGAAAGACACUACUUUUACCAAAAUCUUUGUCGGCGGGCUGCCGUACCACACGAACGAUGCCUCGCUGAGAAAAUACUUCGAGGCCUUUGGGGACAUUGACGAGGCUGUGGUGAUAACGGACAGACAGACCGGGAAAUCCAGAGGAUACGGCUUUGUGACAAUGACAGACCGAGGAGCAGCAGAGAGAGCCUGCAAGGAUCCCAACCCCAUAAUCGAUGGCAGGAAGGCCAACGUCAACCUGGCUUACCUGGGUGCCAAACCCCGUAGCAUACAGACAGGCAUAUCCAUCGGAGUGCAGCCCAUUCACCCAGCGCUCAUCCAGAGGCAGUAUGGGAUGGCCCAGCCAUACAUCUACCCACAAGCCUUUGUGCAGCCUAGCCUGGUGCUGCCCACUCAGGUUUCCACCUCCGUCAGCACCAGCCCUUACCUGGACUACAGCGCAGCCUACACCCAGUACGCCCAGGCAGCCUUUGAGCAGCAGUACCCGUAUGCCGCCUCCCCAGCUGGGUUCCUGGGCUACAGCUACCCCACCAGCCCCUCAGCCACCGCUGGUCCGGCUGCCGCUGCCACAGCUCCAGCCACCGCCCACCCAACCCUCCCCUCCGCCGCCGGCCCAGCCCCGGCCUUCCUGCACUAUGCUCCACAGCAACACAUCCAGCCAGACCGGAUGCAGUGAGCCCGAUGAAGGAAGCCGAGACGAAGGAGGGGUUCAGGAGGAGGAGGAGGAGCAGGAGGAAGGCAUAGUGGUCGCAGACCUUUGGACAGGAUGGCAAAACACCUUAUUGGGUGACUCAGCUAUCGCCUGCAGGGGCUUUCAGGAAAAAGGGUGGGACUAUUGCACUAAACGAUCAGGAUUUAACCAAUGAGCUGUUUGCUCACUGGUGAAAGGGGUGGUAGGGGUUGGAGGACUGUCGAGGUUCAGGUUGGGAAGCUAAAUAGCAUAAAGUAUGUGAAUGCUUCCAAGGGCUUCCAGAAGCUGACACUUCAUUUUUUUAAAUCAUUAUUAUUAUUAUUAUUAUUGUUGUUGUUAUUAUUAUUUUUGUUGUCCUUUUAUUAUUGUAUUAAUGUCAUUGUCAACUGCUUGUUUGUAUGCCAUUAUUAUCAAUGUUAUCAUGUUGGUGGCUCAGUCAGUUCUGUGUCCAUGGUCCAUAUUGAUGACUGUUUUGAGAGCCAUCUGAGACAUGUAAGACACUUCUUUUCUCCCUGCUCCAGACUGUCUGGGUGGGCACUGAUGCUCCAGGAUGCUAGGGGACAGUCGGAGAUGUGGGGGUGCAGGGUGAAGACAGGGUGGUGAUUUUGGAGAGGUAUCCAGCCAGCCUCUCAGCCUGUCUGUGGUCCCAUCCAGGUAGAGCUCUGCCUCAUGAACAAAACCUCCUCCAGCAUUCAGCGUCACACAGGAGGACCACGAGAUGUUUCACCUCAAGGACAAAACAGAAAGUUUCAGUAUAUGAGACGUUGGAAGCUCCAUUGUUUUGAGACUGUGAUGUCAGGAUUAUACUUUUUUUUUUUUAAAUUUUUAAUUCUUUUAAUGAAAGAGGCCUUAAUUUUUAAAAACAGACACUCCUUUUUCAAUCUCCUGAUUUUCUUUUAUCCCCCCAAACACCACAGAACCAAGUGCAGAGAGCCCUUUGUAACUGGCCUUUCAGCAGUCAAUAAUCUGGCUUACUUGGAUCUUGAUGAUUUCAAAUGGAUGUAGAUAAUCACAUGCAGUAUGUGGGAGUUUGGGACCAGGAGUGCCGUGUAUUGAUGUUGAAAGGUAGCUGCCACUGAGCUCAAGCACCAGAGUGUACUUUUCUUUUUCUUUUCUCUCCUUUUCUCAGUGAUUGUCACAAGUAGUUGCUCUCAAGAGGACAUUCAUGUACAGCAUUAUAAAAGUUUUCAGUCAUCAAGUACAUUUACAAUAUUUAUAUGUAGGUAUUUAUAUAAGUUACUAAGUUAAAAUUUCUUUUUUAUGACUAUAGUUGUGGCACAGAUGUCAUUUAACCUGCAGUUCCACAGGUGUCAUAUUCCUUUUUUUUUUUUUUUUUCAUUUUAAUUGUCAGUGAAUUAGCCCAGGUGCACAAGGAACUACAGUAGAUGCUUGUUUGUAGAUCCUGGUUGAAUCAGAAAUUGUCUAGAUUUCUUUUUCCAAAUAAAAAUGUCUUUUACAGUCCCUUCAAAGAAGCCAUACCAAAAAAAUAAAAAUAAAGACUUUGUAUUUAAA